UCAUCAGACGACGCUGAGCCCAACAUUCCAGUCCGAAUACUCUCUCUCUCUCUCUCUCUCUCUCUCUCUCUCUGCUCCUUCGUUCAGACAAGACCCAAACAUCAAAGAAAGCUCUGUCCCAGUGGCAUUCCUGUAAAUAAAGACAAACAUCCUUCCUCAUCUUCAUGAUGAAGAAGAUGAUGGACUUCUCCGAUUAACAAUGGCGGCAGAGGCAGGCCGUUUUGGCAGCUGGUCGCCGCUGGGAGCUCCGGCGAGCCCCCUGCAUCAGCAGCAGAGGGACGACCACUCCUGGGGCAGCCGGAGCUUCGACAACUCCGUCAAUGCGGUGUCCUUCGGGUUCGUCGCCACCGCCAUUCUCAUCUCCAUGUUCCUCGUAAUGGCCAUCUUCGAGCGGUUCCUCCGCCCCAACCCGCCCCCGCCCAUCGCACGGCAACGCCGCGAUCUUGCGUCCCGGGCCGAGCUCUCCGGCAAGCUCAGGUGCCCUUCUCCGAAACCAAAAGGAGAAAAGGGACUCACUCAUUAAAGAUUAAAUCGUAUUGCUUUUGUUUGCUGUCAAUGUCAAUACGCUGUCAGUAUAUGCUAAUGGAGUUUCGGUUCUGAUGCCCGGAGACGAUAUUCCCACCUACAUCGCUUGCCCUGCUCCCGUUCCUUGCCCUCCUGAACGAGUUUCGUGGCCUCAGCAUCAUGCCAUUUCCAUACCCGGCCCCACACCCACCACGAAUACGAACUGAAGCACGAAGUACAUUUUUGAAGAACGGCAAACAUAAGUGAACGUCGCUUGGACAGGGAAGGAAUGAAGAGAUUGUGUUCUGCAGAUGCCUUUUUGGUGGACUACGAGAGCUUAUUUCUUGUACAUAACGCAUAUAGAGAUGGAAAUCUAGCUCUAGCAAGUCGGGGCUUAUUUGAGUCCCCCCAGCUAAUCGAAAACGAAAUCAACUCUUGAUUGAUUCGAUGUGGAAAUCUACAAAAAAUUUCUCCAUCGGUGGAUGGAUUUUCGGAAUC